CAAUCAUUGUCUCGCGGUUCCCAUUCAAAACAUACAGAGCCGUACUGUCGGGACUGAGGAGUACCGUACGCUUUUUAAAAUCAUUGAAAGGAAAAACUUUAGUUGUGUUGAGGUGCAUGAUGGCAGAGGGGGUGGAUGCAGAAUGGGAGCUUAGUAAAGAAAACAUCCAGCCGCUGAAGCGGGGUCGGGACGUAUCGGUGCUGCACCAGGCGCUGAGUCAACAGCAGGACGGACCUAGCUCUGCUGUCAGCCAGCAGAAACAAAGCUUUGAAUCUGAACUGAGAUUAUAUAAUGGAGAAGAUCCACUUGAUGUUUGGGAUCGAUACGUCAAAUGGACCGAACAAACAUUUCCUCAGGGUGGGAAGGAGAGCAACCUUUCCAUGUUGUUGGAGCGAGCCGUGACACUAUUCACAGAGGAGAAAAGAUACCACAAUGACCCGCGCUACGUCGACCUCUGGAUCAAAUUUGCAGAGAUCUGCCCAGAGCCGCUGGAGAUCUACAGUUACAUGCAGGCACAGAGGAUAGGAGGGUCCCAGGCUAGCUUCUACAUCGCCUGGUCAGAGGAAUAUGAGAGACAGGGCAACUCUCGCAAGGCAGACAACGCCUACCAAGAAGGCUUCAACAACUUUGCUGAACCGAGGGAUAAGCUCCUGCAGUUCCACAAGGGCCUGCAAGCACGUGUGUCACGACAGGUGAUGACCAGCAUGGCGGAUAAAGACAGUGAUGAAGAGAGCAAUGAACCCGAGCGAAUGUCUCUCAUCGAUCUCAAACACAGGGGGAAGAAGAAGGCCAUUGUACCCAUCAACAGAGUUCGGGCUGUUCUCGGCCAUAAUGCCAGAGCCUUGCAGUCGAGGAGGGCCCCGGCACCGAGCAGAGCCGAGAACAGCUGCUUCUUGGUUUUUGACGAGAACAAGUGUCCGGAGGCUGUGACCUCCGACCCCAAAUUGGAGCCCUGGGCUGCCCCGCCGCCCGCGAGGGCCAAGGAAAACGAGCAGAAGCCUGAGAAGUGGUGCGACGUGAAGAUGCCCCAGAAGUCCCGAUUCGGUCACAAAAUCAUAGCGCCGCCUCUCGCAAAACCGUCUUUCCAGCCAUUCGUGGAAGAGUCGGACGAGCCUCCCACAAUGACUCCAUGCAAGAUCAACCCGGCGGUGAAUACGGUGCUGUCGUCCCGUAAGCCACGUCUCGAGGAGACCCCUUUAAAGAGGCUCCAGGAACACAGGUCACACCUGUUGCUACAGAAGCAGCAGCCAGCGACGCAGGGGGGGAAACCGCAGGAGAAGAGCGCCUACUGCAAGGAGCUGCUCUUCAGUGGCGCCACCGAGUUCUGCUUUGAGGAACUGCGGGCCGAGCGCUACCGCCAGAAGAUGGCCCAGGAGACCGAGGGCCGAGCCCAGCCUGGCCAAUCGAGCACCGAUCCCACCCAACACUGACACUGAGCUUUGAUUGCUUUAUAUUCCUUGUGGAUAGGGCCGUGAAGAAGAAGUCCAUAUCAUCCAUAAAUGUCUUGUGACGACUGUAUUGUAAGUCAUACGUUUUUUUUUAAUGUUUUAUACCCAUAGAAGUGUUGUACAUUUUAAAGUGGUGAAGAAGCAAUUGGGAGAAUCAAUAUUCACUGCAGAGAUCAUGUUCACAGGAAUAUUGCUAUCUUUCUCUUUUUGCUCAAUCUGGCUUUUUAAUUCUUAAUCGAGUUGGAUAUCCCUGCAUUGGGAGGAAAGCAUGACACAAUUUGGGAUUGUUCUGUGUAUCAGUCCCUGGAGACCAUGUUGCAUAAAGAUGUUCAAUAAACUUGCCUAAGUGUUUGGCUGGUGACUA